GUGUGAUACAGGUAUGGAAUCACCCCUCCGCUUGAUUUCGUAUGUAUAUUAAGACCGUGGGGGUUCCCUCAGCUUGGCCUUUCAUUUGCUCGUAUGGUUAUAGCCAGUCUGGAAGCUUACAUUACGAAUCUUGGGAUGAUCGUGUCUUCUUAUUAAGAAAACUUUAUAAUGGCGGAAAAUGUCAUCGGUCUCAAUGUCGAGAAAGUCGCGGAGCCGGGCGCAGACCAGGGUGUACCUGUGUCGAAAGCGCCCGGUACUCCUGAAGUGAAAUCUACGCCUGCAUCUCUAGAAGAAGCCAGUUCUGGCAUCGACGACGAAAACUACCCGCCCCCCACCGAUGAAGAACGAAAAACCUUGCGCAAGGUCUUCGACUCGAUUCCUCUGACGGCAUGGUCACUUUGCUUUGUGGAAUUGGCGGAACGUGCUUCUUAUUAUGGCGUUAAGGCUGUCUUUAAUAAUUAUAUGCAAUUCCCCCUUCCUGCAGGUGGCCCGGGCACAGGAGCUAUCGACAAGAGCAAGCCGAAUUCGCACGCCGGCGCCCUCAACCUCGGUCUUCAAACGUCCUCUGCAUUGGGUCUUUUGUUUACCUUUCUGGCUUAUGUCGUUCCCAUCUUUGGGGCUUGGAUCGCGGAUACUUAUUUUGGCCGAUAUAAAACUAUCAUCUGGGGUGUGCUCAUCGGAGGUGUUGCCCAUGUUAUCAUGGUAGGUGGUGCUGCGCCGGCCUUGUUGCAAGCCGGAAAAGGAGUCGCACCCUUUUUGGUCAGCUUUUUCCUUCUCGCAAUAGGAGCUGGAAUUUUCAAGCCAAAUGUAGCACCCACCGUGAUCGAUCAAUACAAGUACCAGCGCGAAUAUACCAGGGUGUUGAAGUCUGGGGAAAAGGUUAUUGUCGACCCGGAAACGACCGUCAGUCAUAUCAUGCUGAUCUUCUACGCCUUCGUUAACAUCGGCGCAUUCUUCUCCAUUGCCAUCGUAUACGUCGAGAAAUAUCACAGUUUCUGGUUAGCAUUUCUUCUGCCGGGAAUUGUUUAUUUCUUACUUCCCAUUUUACUUGCGGUGAUGUAUAAGCGCACGAUUAGGAAGCCACCAAAUGGAUCAGACUUGACCAGGUUUAUUAAGAUCACCCUGUUGGCGUUGAAGAAGAGCAAGGGCAAUGUUUUCUCGAAAAAUCUCUGGCACAAUGUUAAACCUUCUGUGUUAGCGGGACAAGGCAUACACGUUAGCUUCUCAGAAAAGGACGUUGACGAUGCGCGACGCUCAUGGCAGGCUGUCUCUAUCUUCCUUUAUGUCCCUAUUUGGAACCUGAACGAUGGCGGUGUUGGCGCUGUGUUAAGCAACCAGGGGGCCGCUAUGACAUCCAAUGGGGCUCCAAACGAUUUGCUAAACAAUUUCAAUCCCUUAGUAAUCAUCAUAUUCUCGCCAUUCAUGGCCCACGUCGUUUAUCCGUUCCUCGAGCGCAGGAAGAUUAAGUUUGGACGUAUUAGCCGCAUGACUUUUGGAUUCAGCCUUGCCAUCCUCUCUGGUGUAAUUGGAGCUAUUGUGCAGUAUCGCGUAUACGAGACUAGUCCUUGUGGAUAUUAUGCCAGCGAUUGUGAUGGAGUUUCGCCUAUCUCGAUUUGGUGGCAGAUUCCCAAUGUUUCGCUCGGCGCCAUAUCAGAAAUCUUCGUUAACGUUACGUCGUACGAAUUAGCAUAUGCGCGUGCCCCCGAAAACAUGAAGGCCACUAUCUUGGCCCUCUUCCUGUUCAUGACGGCUUUGAGUAGUGCUCUGGGCGAAAUCUUGAUCCCGGCUAUUGCUGACCCGACACUCGUAUGGGCUUGGGCAGCCCCUGCAAUUGCGCUUUUCGUCCAGACCGUCAUCUUCCAUUGGAGGUAUCGCAAUCUCAAUGAUGAUGCCUUCAUGACCCAUGAAGAGGACUUCGAGCAGUUGCCAUCCGCAAAGGAAGAAAAGGUCGAAACGAAAGUCAAUUAAUCAAAUAUCUUCGACUGGGCGGUCUUAGUGGUCUAUCUUACUUGUGUGGAGACUACGGGUUGAAUCAAUCGGAAUUGAUGUUUAUUAUGAGAUAUAUAUCAUACUAUAUUUAUCUCGUCGCACUUUCGAAUAAAGCAUUAUAAGAUCCAUAUAAUGUGGUUUUCUAGUUCCGAGGUCCGUAAUAUGUUGGUUUAACAAGCGUACCUAUGUGCCACAUAUUGAGGCCACUUAUGUAACCUAAUAA